AUGUAUUCAACACCACCAAUACAAAAUUUAACAUCAACAAUUCAAAAUGAAAAUGAAAAUGAAAAUGGUAAUAAUGAAAUUAAAAGAAAAUUUAGAAAAGAAAUUAAUAAUGAAAGAAGAUUAAAUAAAAUGGAAUUUAAAAAAGAAUUUGUUAAACCGAUAUCAGGAGAGAAUAGAGAAGUUAAUAAAUUAAUUUACACUCAAAUUAAUGAUGGUGUUAAGGAAAGAAAAUUCUCAUACUUUAAAGAGGAUUUAAAAUGUAAUGAUUGUUGGUUACUCUUAACAAAUUGUAUUUGUUCAAAAGUGAAUAAAGUUGAUUUAAAACAUGAAUAUAUCUUUGUAUUUCAUCCAAAUGAAUGGUGUAGAGCAAGUAAUACAGGUAAAUUAUUAUUACUUUGUGAUAAAAGUAAUUUUAAGAAUAGAGAUGGCGGUAGUGGUAGUGGCAGUGGCAGUGGUGGUCAUUCAACAACAAUGUCACCAGACUACUCUUCAUCAAUUUAUAAUAAUAUAAAUAAUCAAACUUUUUCAUCAUCUUCAAAAAUCUAUAUAAUGGGUGAAAAACAAGAUGAGGAAUUAUUUUUCAAAAAAUUAGAAUCAUCUUCAAGAGAUUCAACUUUUGUUUUAUUCCCUUCAAAAGAUUCAAUUAAUAUUAAAGAUGUUUUAAAAUCAAAAUCAAUAAUUUUAGAUAAUGAUAAAUUAUUUAAAAAAAAUUUAAAUAAUAAUGAAAUAAAUGAAAAAGAAAAUCUUAAUGAUGAUGAUUUCGAGAAUGAUAUUACUACAAUUACAGAUUCAAUUAAAAAAAUUAAUUUUAAAGAUGGUUCUGAUAUUGAUAAAUUAGAGAAAUUAACAAUUAUUAUUGCUGAUGGUACUUGGAAUAAUGCAAAAUCACUUAAUAAAAGGAUACCAAAAGAUAUAAAAAGAAUACAUUUAGAAUUUGGAGAUUUAAAAUUUAAAUCAUUAUUUAAUACAAUUAGAAGUCAACCACAAGUUGAUAGAAUUUCAACAAUGGAGGCAACUAUUCUAUCAAUGAAAUCAUUGGGUGAAAGUGAACAAGUUUGUGAUUCAUUGGUUGAAUCUUUGAAAUUAUUAAUUGAUACUUUAAUUAGACAAAAUAAUAAACAAUAUAUUGUCAAUAAAAAGAAAUGGGUUGGUGAUCAAGGUUUUUUAAGAAGAAAUACUUAUGGUGAAAUUACUACUACUACUACAACUGAUAACGAUAAUGGUAAUGAUAAUGAUAAUCGUGAUGAAGAAAAUAAUUUUAAUAAUUUAGAUAAUUUAGAUAACCAUUUCAAUAAUAAUAACGAUAAUAAUAAUCCUGGGGAAAUUAAAGAUCCAAAUAUAGAUUAUAAACAAUAA